AACGGUGCCCCUGACUUUAAGGAUCUUGCCAUCCAAUUUGCAGAAAGUUGAUGUUCUUGACUGCGCAGCUACUUUAAAUAACCACAUAAGAUAUCUUGAGUCUGGAGGUGGAGAUAGAUUUAUGGCUGCUAGAGCCUUGGCUUUUGUACCAGCUUUAGGCAAUUGUGGACAACUAAAUCUUCCCAGUGGGUCACGCUACAUAGACGUUGGAGGAUUUGUUUGUCCGAGCAACUUAUUUAGAUAUGACCAACUUUGUUCUCCCGAGACCAUGGCUGUCUACACAGUUACCAUACAAGACACCAGCUCAAGUACACCUGGCCUAGUCUACACAGCAGUUUAUCCCACAAACCUAACAGCCUGUGUCCAACACUAUAUCACUGAACUGGACAGUCUUAUAGCCAAUGUUGCUGCUAACCUGACUAAUGUAUGUCAGACUUUAACUGGGCUAACAAACAUUUACAUAGAACUAAAACAAUCUACAACAAGUGCAAAUGUGUCUGGUAGGCAGUUAAUAGUGCCUCCGACUUUAAGGAUCUUGCCAUCUAGUGUGCAGAAAGUUAAUGUUCUUGACUGUAUAGCUGCCAUAGAUAGUCACAUAAGAUAUCUUGAGUCUGGAGGUGGAGAUAGAUUUAUGGCUGCAAGAGCCUUGGCUUUUGUGCCAGCUAAUGGCAGCUGUGGACAACUGAAUCUACCAAGUAAUUCACGCUACACACCUGUUGGAGGAUUUAUUUGCCCAAGCAACUUAGUUAGAAAUGACAAUGUUUGUUUACCCUGUCCUAUUGGAACCUACCGGGAUGGAGCAGCCUGCACCCCAUGUAGCCCCGGCCAGUACCAGGAUGAACAGGCACAGACUCAGUGCAAGAACUGUCCUGAGGGGUUCACAUCUUUAUAUGCAGGGAGCAACAGACUGGAACAGUGCAUAGAGUACUGUUCAGAGGGUAUGAUAUCAGAUACAGGGUUGGCCCCAUGUACCAUGUGCCCUGCCGACACUUAUUUCUCUAACCGCACCCACUGCGCACCCUGCCCAGCAGGCACCACCACAAAUGGAGUAGAAGGCACCGAGAACUCCACGGGAUGCAAGACUAUUGCGUGCACUAUGGUUAAUGAGAUCAGCAACAAGACCUAUACUUGUGGGGCAGAUGAAGCUUUAACAGUACCCAGCCUUGCAGCUUGCUGGGAGAAGUGUGUUAAUUCCCAGUGUUCAGCUAUUACCUUCUAUAGUUCCUCUGGCUCUUGCAUCAUCUUUUAUGACCUCUCUGGAAGAACCUAUACUGCUUCAAGCCAGGUGGCUGUUACUUUUACCAAAUCAUGUAGAAAUGUAUCAGCUGAAUGUAGACCUGGGUAUUUCUCCUACAAUGGAAGAGAGCCCUGCACUGCAUGCCCGCGGAACUUCUACCAAAACAGCACAGGGCAGACAACAUGUUCACAAUGUUCCACAGACUCCAUCACAACUCAAGAAGCUUCUGAUUCCAAGGACCAUUGCACCUCACAAAGUAGCUUGUGUAGCAGGAAUGACAUUUGUCAAAAUGGCGGCACCUGUACUGUAUUGGUUCAUGUAGAACAGUGUCUGUGUCCUGAUGGUUACACAGGGCAGUAUUGUGAGGAUACCAUCAAUCCAUGUGAUUCCAAUCCUUGUUUUUAUAACGGUACAUGCAUGCCACUAGGGGGUCUACAGUUCAGGUGUGACUGUUACUCAGACUUUAGUGGACAAUUUUGUGAGAGAGAAACCAAUCAUUGUUUGUCAAAUGACUGUCAAAAUGGAGGAAUGUGUCAAGAUUUAGUUGGUGGAUUCAAGUGUUUAUGUCCAUCAAACUCUAUCUAUUCUGGACCAAAGUGCACAGACUCUACCCCAGUGUGUGAUCAGCCAGCCAAUGCCUGUCAGAAUGGCGGGACAUGUCAGCCAAUCUUUGAAAACAUCCGCAGUGUGUGUAACUGUGUGGCAGGAUUCACUGGGAGGAACUGUGAGACUAACAUAGAUGACUGCGAGGCCAACCCAUGUCUGAAUGGCGGGUGCUGUACAGACGGUGUGAAUACACGCAAAUGUAAUUGCACGCAUGGAUAUACUGGAGUCAACUGUGAAACUCGUCUAGAUAUGUGUGCUGGGAUAACAUGUGCCGGCAAAGGAACCUGUGUAGAUGACUAUACAACAGGGAGGGUAAAAUGUUUGUGUGAACCUGGAUAUACUUCAGUGCCAGAUGAUACAUGCAGGCAAAUAAACCUGUGUAAUGCUGAACCAUGUGUGCGCGGCGCAUGCACCCCAGGCGAGAACACAUUCAUAUGCACAUGUCCGCCAGGCUAUAAUGGAGCACGGUGUCAACAUAACUUUGAUGAAUGUGCGUCUGACCCAUGCUUGAAUGGAGGCACCUGCAUAGAUGGCAUUAAUGGAUAUACAUGUACAUGUGCCACAGGGUUUACUGGCAUCAAGUGCACCAGUAAGGUAGAUUUCUGUGAAAAAAAUACCUGUGACACUACGGGGACCCUGCGCUGUGUGGAUAUGGUGGACAACUAUAGGUGUCACUGCAAACCAGGAUACACUGGCGUCAACUGCUUUACUGACAUUGAUGAGUGUGCCAGUAACCCAUGCUUUCACCAGGGAACCUGUGCACAAGGAGUUAACAGCUUUAACUGUACCUGUCCCCCAGGCUGGGAGGGAGACAGGUGUGAGAGGAUGACAGACAUUUGUACCAAUACUACCUGUGGACGAGAGGGUACCUGUAUCAACCUCUUUAAUGAUUUCUUCUGCAACUGCACUGCUCCUUUCUAUGGUCGUACAUGUAAUGAAUCCCCUGACGUGUGUGCUAUAGCUAACCCAUGUAUUAAUGGAGGAACUUGUGCUGUCUGGAAUAACUCCACUAGAUGUCACUGUCCACUGGGUUACUAUGGUGAUGGUUGCCAGCUAAAGCGUGACUAUUGUCUACCCAAUCCUUGCAGACACCAAGGCACAUGUACUGUGGUCGGGUUAAAUUAUACAUGUGCCUGUGUUCCAGGUUAUGAUGGCAGAAAUUGUGAGGAUAAAAUACAUUGUAUAACAAUUGUUAUUUCUUAG